AUGUGUGGAAUUUUCGGCUACUGCUCCUUCCUGAUCGAGAAGGACCGCAAGUAUGUUUGCGACGUCCUCUGCAAUGGUCUCGCCAGACUGGAGUACCGAGGGUACGACUCCGCCGGUAUCGGAAUCGACGGCGACACGCCCGAAUCCCCCAUCAUCCUCUUCAAGGAAGUCGGCAAGGUCGCUGCGCUCCGCAAGCACAUCGCUGAAGGCUUCCCCACUCCCCUUCCUUCUGAGCUUAACGGGAACGGCGCAAACGGGAAUGACAACUCGCACGUCCAGGGCAGCACUAAGCUUGACAUGAACAAGACCUUCGUCUCGCAGACAUCGAUGGCACACACUCGGUGGGCCACUCACGGUGUGCCCAGCGUGUUGAACUGUCACCCGCACGUCUCGGGCGAGAAUACCGAGUUCUCCCUGGUUCACAACGGUAUCAUCACCAAUUACAAGGAGCUCAAGACCGUCCUCAUCAAGCGCGGAUAUCACUUCUACACCGACACCGACACAGAAGCCGUCGCCAUGCUGUGCAAAUACGUCUGGGAGAGCCAACCGCACAAGCGAUUGAACUUCACCGAGCUCAUCAAGACUGUCGUCAAGGAGCUUGAAGGCUCGUUCGCGUUUGUCUUCAAGUCGACCCACUUCCCGGACGAGAUGGUCCUCACCCGUCGCGGAUCUCCUAUGCUCAUCGGUGUCAAGACGGACAGGAAGUUGAAGGUCGACUUUGUCGAUGUCGAGAUGGGAGAGGAGCGAGUCGACGAACAAGUUGGCGGUCUUCUUUCGGUACCAGGCGCUGCUGGUCCCGGUUCAGGCCCUCACAGCAAGCUGCGCCGAUCCCAGUCCCGCGCGUUCCUUUCGGACGACGGCAUGCCUCAGCCCAUCGAGUUCUUCAUCGCCAGUGAUGCCAGUGCUGUCAUUGAGCACACCAAGCGGGUGCUUUACCUAGAGGAUGACGAUAUUGCGCACAUUGCUGAAGGAGAACUCCACAUCCACCGCCUCCGCCGAAACGACGGCCUUUCGUCCGUCCGAGCCAUCGAGACCCUCGAGAUUGAGCUCGCGGAGAUCAUGAAGGGCCAAUACGACCACUUUAUGCAGAAGGAGAUCUACGAGCAGCCCGAAUCGGUCGUCAACACCAUGCGUGGUCGUGUCAACUUUGACAGCCGUACCAUCAUGCUCGGUGGUCUCAAGGCGUAUCUCCCGGUCAUCAGGCGUGGGCGGAGGUUGCUCUUCGUGGCGUGCGGAACGAGUUACCACUCGUGUAUCGCCGUCAGGGGGGUAUUUGAGGAGUUGACCGAGAUCCCCGUCGCUGUUGAGCUCGCUUCGGACUUCUUGGACCGCCGGACUCCCGUUUUCAGGGACGAUGUCGCCAUCUUUGUCUCGCAGUCUGGUGAGACUGCCGACACGAUCCUGGCCAUGAGGUACUGCUUGGAGCGUGGAGCUCUGUGCUUGGGUGUCGUCAACGCCGUCGGGUCCACCCUUUCCCGCGAGACCCACUCGGGUAUUCACAUCAACGCCGGUCCCGAGAUCGGUGUCGCCUCCACCAAGGCUUACACCUCGCAAUACGUCGCCCUGGUCAUGAUGGCCGUUCAGCUCUCGGACGACUCGAUCUCCAAGGCCGCACGAAGGCAGCAGAUCAUUGAUGGCCUGCACGACAUCCCGGGCCAGAUCCGGAAGGUCCUCGGUAUGGACAAGGCGCUGCAGUCGCUCGCUAUGGACAUGCUUGCUGGCCAGAAGAGUUUGCUCAUCAUGGGUCGUGGAUACCAGUACGCGACGUGUCUUGAGGGCGCCCUUAAGAUUAAGGAGGUUUCAUACAUGCACUCGGAGGGUAUCUUGGCGGGCGAGUUGAAGCACGGUCCUCUUGCUUUGAUCGAUGAGCACCUCCCUGUCAUCUUCAUUAUGACCCGGGACUCGCUUUACCCCAAGGUCCAGUCUGCGCUGGCUCAGGUUACCGCUCGGAAGGGUCGACCAAUCAUCAUCUGCAACGACGACGAUGACUCGGUUCCCGAGUCGGCCAAGGUCAUCCGUGUUCCCCGGACAGUCGACUGUCUCCAGGGCCUCAUCAAUGUCCUGCCCUUGCAACUGCUGUCCUAUCACUUGGCCAUCAUGAACGGCGUGGAUGUCGACUUCCCCCGUAACCUCGCCAAGUCGGUCACCACCGAGUAG